GCCGGUGUGCAGUUCAGAUACAACUUAAUCCAGUCUUCCGUCUGUGGGACAUGAGAUGUAGUUUCUCAAAGCGGACUUUGAAAGAGUGCGAACUGAGCGUGUAGAGAUUAAUAAACUUUUAAGUGGAAGUAUAUCUCAGUUACAGAGCUUAAAGUUUUCUUGACAUAUUUUCAAAGCAACAUAGGUAUUAUUUUAUGAACCAUGACGCCGGUAUCGGAUUUACGGAAGCUGUCUCUGAUACCUGAUUCUCAGAUUGUUGUUUCCAGGAGUCAAUCCGACACAAGUUACGAAAGUUUGGCUGCCGUGAUGGUGGACAAAAGAGCUCGCAGGGCAAGCGAGUGGGCGACAUCAGACAAGAACAAGAAAAUGGUACUUCGUCCUUUGCAAUUAAAUGGUGGAGAUCCUAAGGAAUGCAAUAGUCUUUUGUAUCGAAGAAUGUCCAAAGCGUCAAUAAAAACUCAUUGCACUCCUCAGUCUGUCCCUGCCACCGAAGCACUUCAUAAAGAUGGCGUGUCUAGAACGUAUUCAGUGAAAUCUGUAAAGAAAAUUUCUGAGGCUAGACAACGUCACAGAGGGUCCAGUAUCCCUAGCGAAGAGGGGCACUCGACUGGAGCCCGAGUGAAAGAAAGGACUGUAUCCAAUAGAUCUUUACCAUUACCUGGAGAUGAAACAGAAUAUUUAAGGCUUCGAAAUUUCAGUGUUACAUCUAAAGGUGUCGUCAAUAGGGGUGAUUCCUUCCGGUCACGGUCAGCAUCGCAUGUUCCUGGUUUAAACGCUGGAGAAGAGGAGAAUGUUAUGGCAAAUACAGCAACACCAUCACCAGUCACAGAAGAACCCAAAGAACUGCUUGCUCAAAAGAAACCCUACAAAGUACUUCUCAUUGGGGCACCAGGAGUGGGAAAAACUUCCAUGUGGAAACAAUUUAUGACUUCGGACUACAUUUGUGCAUUCGAUUUCGCAGCUGAAUUAGAAAUCGACAGAAUUAUCACAGUUGUUCUAAACAACGAGGAGUCUCAAAUAGAAUUCGAAGAAGAAACCUUUCAAGAUGGGGAUGAAAAUGUGACCAUUUUAGAUCCCGAUGCGUUUGUUAUCGUUUAUUCUGUGACUGACAGGAAAAGCUAUUCUUACGCCAAAGUGAUUCUUUCUCAAAUACAGCGACACCUGGACACGAAAGCUGUUAUUCUUGUAGGGAACAAGACCGACUUGGCUCGCCUCAGGGUAGUCUCAACUGAUGAAGGAAAAUCUCUGGCGAAAGAUCGUGGUUGCAAAAUCAUUGAAACAUCGGUUGCCAUCAACCAUCAAGUGGAUGAACUUCUGGUAGGCACCCUAGCGCAGAUCCGUAUCAAGGCUAAAGUUGCGGAUAAACUGAAAAAGAAGAGGGAUUCCGAGGGCUGUAACAGGCGAUCUUCCAUUUACUCUGGAUCUAAAGCUUCUGGGGUUCUCAAACGAAUACUCAGGAGAGCCUGCAUGAAGUCCAAGUCAUGCGAUAAUUUGCACGUCCUGUGACUGUAACGGAAUUGCUGUUAAGUGCCUUUAUCGUACUGUGAUUGAAAAUAAGGAUCAAUUUCUUUUUGUACGCAUUAGUUAAAUUACAAUGUAUAACAAGUUUUAUCUAGCAUGAACAGUUUUAGAUUUGAAAUAAUUAUUCAUGAGUUUUGUAUAGGAAGAAAAAUCAGUUUUAGGACAUUAUUAUACCAUUUACAACAACAACAACAACAAAAAAGGCAGUUUUAUCGUGAAAUCUUAAAUUUGUAAUAAUCAUGCAUUAAAUUUAAUAUUGCUAACUUUUCGUUGUGGGUAAACAUAUCAAAAUUACUUUGAGAACUCUAAGGAAAUCUAUUAUACGGAUGCAUAUGAACCUGUACUUAUAAGUGCAAGGUGUCCGGUAAAUAGAACAUAGAACAUCACAAGAAUUAGGCAUCAGGUUUUGAGAUGCUAGAUUUUUACGAACUUCUAAGGAACUUAAAUCGGUAGAUGAACUAGAUCCCAUAGAUUUUUUAGGGAUUUUAGUUUCAGCCAAAACGUUCAGACAUGACAUGAUCUCAUUUUAAGCUGUAGAGUGAAAAAUCUUAGUCUACCGAAGAAGGUUAUUAUACUGGAAGAAAGAAUCCGCCAUGUUGUUGUCAGUCUCAUUCUAGAAACCAUAAUGCGUGUGUUAGUGGAAUAGCAUCGUUGGUUAGAGUUGUGAGUGAUAUAACAAGAGAUAUUAUUCUGGAAAGAUUCUACAAAAUCACUGAUGUUCGGCUUGGGAGAUCCAAGAAGGUUAUUGAUCUCAAGCAUAAUAACUGGGAAAAAGGAUACGCUAGGUUGAUCAUCCGAUUGAUUUUACCUUUCAUAAAACGUGUGUUACGGGUAUAGCAUCAUUGAUUGUACUAAUCUGUGCAUUGCAAAUGAGGAAUAUCAUUCCGUAGCAUCGUUGACUGGAUCUGUGAGUUGUAAACAAAGAAUAUCAUUCUACGGGAUAGUUGAUUUGACUAAGUUGUAAACAAGCAGUAUUAUUUUAUAGUAUCUUUAAUUAGACCUGUAAGUUGUAAAUAAGGAAUAUCUUUCUCGAGAGAUUUUGCAAACUUGCUUAUGAUACUAAAUUUACCAGACACAUUGCACAUUUAUUGAAAACAUUUGGAGUAUCUAUACAAAUCUUCCUUAUAAAGUGCAUUGGUUGAUAAUUGUUUAUAAGAAGUUUUAUGGCUGUUUAAUAUUUUAUUUACCACAACUAAAUGACAUGAAUGAUACCUUUAAGCAGAAUUUGUAUGCCAUUACUGACAUUAGUUUUCCGUCGUUUUUGUUACUUAUAUGUAUAAUUGAAUCAUGAAAUUUCGCUUUAAAUACGUUUUGAAAAGCACUCGUAACGCUUUUGAGCCAGUAAGUGUUUAUUGAAAUGUACAGAUAAUAGAUUAGAUUGCCAACAGAGUGGAAUUUUUGUAAUGUAAGUUAGGUAUGUUUAGAUUAACAAAGAUUCUGCCUUUGCUGACAAGAUUCAUGUGUUUCGUUAAGUUAGGGCCAUUUGCACUGUCGCCUAAUGAAGUGCCAAAUGGAACUUUUUAUGUCUUCCAAAUCUUCAAAGUAUGGUUACCUUCUUAAGUUCGACACAAUUUGAAAUUUGCUCUUCUAAUUAACAUAAAGUAGAAGUAAUUAUUAACCCAAGAAGGCGUUAGCCCAGAAGGGCUAUUAGUCUCGAAACGACGUUUUACGUCAAAUCACUAAAAGCGAUGAAUCACUUUUCAGAUUGUUGCCACCAAAUAUUAAUGCUCUGUAUUAUAUUUAAAGACAUUAAAUAUUGAAGAACCUGCAUGAAUAUAUGUAUAUAUAUAUUUCGCAUUGUAAAAAAACAAUGGUAGAGCCAUCAAAUUUUGAAUAACGUAGUCCCCCUUCCGAAUAUAGGCACCUGGAACCCCGGAUUUGGACCUUUUUUAUUAUCUUUUUCAUAUUUUGUAAAGCAUUAACGAAUUUUUUGGAUUAAAAUAACUCAACAGUUUCAAAGGGAGCAGUGGCAACACUGUACGAAAUAAAACAUUUUUAUCUCCAGAGCGCGAGGCUGACUAUCGGAAAUUCUAAACAUAAGCUGUUUUUAAAUAUUUUUUGCCCAAAUGCUCUCGAAACGUGUAAAUGAAAAACCAAAACGUCCCUUUGGGUGUUGUAUAAAAUCUGAAAGCUUUCAGACUUUUUUAACUAUUUUUUAUCAUUAUUAUUUUACAUAGAGCUAAAGAACUCUUAUUCAAAUGUCUUUGACACAAGUUGGCUGAAAAUAAGGAUAAGAGUUAUAUGAUGUUAUAAUAUGUGUAGGUCAAUUAAUUAAAUGAAUUUCUCAGCCAGAGGAACACUACGAGGACAACUAAACAGUAAACAAUGUGUAAUUAUCUAAGAUUUGGGCGAACAAGUUUUAGAACAGAUUUAAGGCAUGAUUGCAAGUUAACAAUUUACUUUUGCGAAAUUUUAUAAGAAAGUUUAACUAACAUACUUUAAAUUAAGAAGAGUAGAAUAUUGUUCAAUACAGUUUUUGACUUUAUUAUUUCUUAUAGCUGAAUUUUGUACAGUCUUAUAUUAAAUAUUUUAAUUUUAAAACUUUUUAAUUUUGUGGACUCCAAAAAAAUAUUUUGUACAGAAUAUUCUUCUGCAUCCGUAAUAUUAUAAUAAUCCAUGAAAUGUUAUUUAUAUUUCAAUGUUCAUAUGUAUAUACUCAUUCAUGUAACUUUAUUGUGUCCCUGGUAGUCAAAGUUCGUGGAAAGUCUUUAAAUGUAAUAUGUAAGCCUUCAAGAAAACUGUAUAAACAAGUUAAUGAUUUUAAAUAGAGUUUCUACAUCACUACAGAAAAAUGAUUUCUAGAUAUUUUAUAAAAGUUGUAUUUUAUAGCUCAUGAAAGAUAGUAUUUUAUAUGAAGUUGGGAUUUUGGUAAAAGGAGUUUUUGAAUGCAAAUAUAAUUAUAACAUACACCACAAAAACAUUUUAUAAUUACGUUAGUAAACUGUAGUUUUUAAAAAUUUUGUAAAAUUAGCAACAACACACUCUAUUCGUUUUACGUAUUUCCUAUUAUUGGUUAUAAAUCUCAUCUUAAGCUAUCAUAACUGUACAAAUAUUUUUAGUGCUACAUCAAAACUAAUAAAACUAUUUUAUGGCUAUUUAGAGUAAGAUUCAAAGCUCUAAAAAUUAGCAGAUUUAAUAUCAAUUCAAAUAAGGUCUUAUUAAUAGCUUUUUAAAAUUCGUUCGAGUUAUUUAUUUACAAAAAAAAAAAAAAAAAAAAAAAAGGAUUUUUCCUUUUAUAAAGUUAAUAAAUACUGUAAUAUUACUCUAGAAAUUUCAAAAUGAUGUAACAUAAGUAACAGUUGUAAAAGAAAUUAGAAAUUUUACAUUAAAAAUAUAUUUUAAAAAAUAUUGCACGAUUAAAAAUUUUGUAAACGUGCAGUCCCCAAUAAAAGCUGUAUGAUUUUUACAAUCAAUUGUAAAUGUACAAGACAUAAAAAUUGUAGAUUUGAAACAUUUAGAAAAUGGGCAACUAAAAAUCUUUUUGAAAAGCAUUAUAACAUCGAAAGAUGUGCAAAUGUUUUGUUUAAUUUGAAAAUUUCAUGUGGAUAUCAAAACGCAACACUGUUUUGGUUUUGAAGGCUUGCAAGUAAUUUCAAAGAUUAAAGAAAUGAACGAUUUAGCUGUUUAUUAGCUAAUUAUAAGCUGUUUGUUUCCUACAUUUGCAUAUAAAUUUAUAUGUUUGUUUUGUUACUUUGUGUGAAGUGGCUGUUUGAAAUAGAUAUUAUUUGUUCGUUGCAUAUUCAUUCAAAGGAUUCUGAAAUAUCUGUUGAUCAGAUAUAUUUAUCUAGAUAUUUGCGAUGAUCAAGAUGUAAUUAAUAUUUUAAUAAGUAAUUUACUGUACAUAUUUAUGUCAUUUGUUAGUGUGAUUUAUUUGUACGAAUGAUGAAUUUCAGUAAUAAAAUACUUGUAAUGCCUUGUAACAAUU